GGGGAGCAUAUGCAUCGUCGUCGACAUUCACCCAAGACGUUCGAACUGGAUCAGUUCUUCGAAAUAUCUGUACUACGUUGCAACAAUUUCGUUCUGUUUCGUUUUAUUUGUUUGAAUUUAUUUUACUUGAAGUUUUGAUCCGGAAAUCUCGCGAUUUCUUUAUAGUGUCAUUGUCGAAACGGAUAAUUACGGUGCUCCUACAUAAUAACAUUAUAGUGCUUAUAAGAAACAUUAAAAAGAAAGAACGAUAAUAAUAUAUACAGAUUAUAGUCGGAUAUAUAUUUGAAAUAUACGUAUAUUGAAGCGCGGCAAAAGUACCGCCAAAUUUCAAGCUACUCAUGUUACAGGCAAAAGCAUUAGUCCUUUUAUCGGUAAUAGCAACCAUCAAAGCUUUACCAAUCGCGAAUGUUCAUGUGAAAUUCGUCUCUCGACCUCACGUAUACGAACAUGGUAUUACAACAGACGGAGAUCGUACGAUUUAUCAAAAAUCCUUUGUUUCGAUCGGACGAAGAAGCAUUCCCUCGAAUCCACGAAGACAAUUUGGAGAACGUAUACAUACUGAUAUCAACUUGCAAGAAAUUCCAGAAAUAGGAAAAUACGCAACAAUAAUAAAACCGGAAAAUGCUGAAUCAUUAUGGCCAGUUGGAGUCUUUCUUCCCCCCAUAGAUGUGAAUGAUCUUAGCCAUACUUCUCAGGAAUCUAGACAUAUAACGCCCGAUUACAGUAACGGUUUAAAAUAUCACGAUCCUUUGCUUCUGACCGGUACGGAAGCAAUGAUGGUGGUGAAAUACAUCUAUGGCCGCGGCGAACUCUUUUACAACGAUUUUCCACACGUACGUGCUAUAUUGCGGAAUCAAGAAGAGAGAAGAUUAAAUGGUCUACACGAUCAUAUUCUAAGCAGUCUAAGGCCUAGCUCCCCUUUUUACAAAAGACAGCAACAUUAAAAAUGUAAAUUUGAAUUUGGCCGAAAAGUGAGUAGCUAUUAUCAUACAAAUUUAUACAGCGAAAUCGACAGGAAAUCGACAGAAAAAUAAUUGCCAUCACUAACAGCGACAUGAUCUGUCAAUUAAUUAAUUUAACGUCAUUUUUAUUCAAAAACAAUAUUUAAUUUUCAAAUAUUACGACAUAACAUUAGACACAUAAAAUAAUUUCAUACGAUAAAAUCCAUUGUUAUCUUAAAUAAAAAUAAAGCAACUAAAGGGAUAUUAAUCCAUAAAAAAUCUAAAUGAACAUAUAGUCAUAUAAUUAAAUAAAUUAUAAAUGCUUUAGAAAAUAUUGAUAUGCUAUUUUUAAAUAGAUCAUCAAAUUGCAUAUACCAAUUUGUAAUACCUUUCACAGCAAUUUAUAUAAUUUUUUGCAAAUCGUAUAAGAAAAUAACGUGUAUCGCUCUUACUCGCAUUAGAAUCAGAAUCAUAUCUUAUUUAUUACGGAACAGCCCUGUUUACAGUUCAAGUUCAAAGAACAAAAUAAGAUCAACAAUCACAAUACAAUACGAGCAAUAACUUGUAGUCUUAAAGAUCUAAUAGAGAUUUUUUUAUUAGUAUUGCAUUGGUAUUUGCAUUUUAAAAUAACUUAUAAAAUUGUUAUUAAAAUCUUACAUGAGAAAACAUCAUCAAUACGAUGAGAAAUAAAACGUUUGUUAAAAAGAUUGUAAAGAAAUCAUUAUUUAAGAAAAAUCUUAUUGAUAUAAUGAAUGAUGCAAACUUAAGGAUUGUUACGUUUUAAUGAUAACAACGUAACAUAUAAUAUUUUAUAUUCAUGAUAUAAAAUCAAAUAGACAAAUUGCCUAUUGAUAGAAUAAUUUUUAAGAUAAAAGAUUAUAUUGGAUCAUUGGCAAUUUAAAAUAUAAAAAAAAUUUAUAGGAUCCAUCGUACGGUAAUACAUAAUAUCAAGGUUAGUAACGAAUAGGACAUAUUGGCGUUAAUCGCUCCGUUGCAAAGAUCUCCGAGGCAAAGGCACAUGUAAACUUUUCUAUAAUUCCACGUAGUAUAAGCGCAUCUUUCUUCGCCAUCAUCCGGUCCUCUUUGAAAGCACAGUCUUUGCGUGGCUGUACCGUAUUCUGAAAAAUACGAUCGCCAUCAUGGGAUAAUACAAAUGAAAAAAAAAAAAGAGAUUAACAUUGCAGUGUUACUCUUUAAAAGAAAUGACAUGAUAUAUAGUGCAAUGUUUCUCACAAAGGAGUUCGUAAUAAAAUCGAAAGGAACCACAAGAAACAUAAUGCAAUCUUAUACAGUGGACAUAGCAGCAAUGGUCGAUCGUAGAUUACAUCGAAGAUCGAUUUCAACAUCGAGCGAAAUCUUCGUCUCGAUUCAACAGAGUAAACUGCUUUUAUUAGCUGAUAAUAAGAAUCAAAAGGAAUAAAGCAAAAUAUUCGAUUAAAUCGAUGUUAAAUAUAUUAUUUAAAUUAUAAUUAAUAUGAAGUAUUAAUUACUUUUAAAUUAGCAACCGAUUUCUAAUAAGAAAAUAGUAUCCUCAAAUAUAAAAUUUUAGAAGAUUCAAAUCCUUUGAUAUGAAACUUUAAAACAUUCUAAUUCGUAAAAGGGACAUCGUAUAAACGUAAUAUACUAUAUAAUUGUACACGAAUAUUUUUCUUCUAUAAAUUGGUAGAAUGAUGAAAUAGAGCAAAAAAAAUACGAAAGAUGAAGAAAGAGAACUCUUAAAGAUUAAAACUCUUAAAGGAUUAAAGAUAUAAUCGUAGAUGACAGAUAUUAUUCUUAUUUCUUAAGAAAAACCAUUAAAGUAUAUAUCUUUGGGGCAAUUUUCCAUAUCAUUUUUUUUUAUGCAUAUAAUACUAACCAUUGUUUAAAUUUUGACUCUCGAUUAUUUUACCACACCAACCGGAUACACAGGGUACCAUAUCCACGCCUCUUUCUAAAUCUAUUUGCGUGGAAUUCAUCGUAAACGGAUCCUUACACGAGCCUAGCUCUCCUCUCGAUCUGCAAUGAACGCAUCUUCGAAGUGCUGUUGAAGAAAGUAAGAAAAUGAUAGAAAUAUACACAUUUUACAUAUCGAGGAAAUUUUUAAAUAUUCCAGCGAAUAAAUAUUUUCUUGUUUUAUUACAUAUCAAAAAGAAAAAGGAAUUGCAUAUAACAUUUUACUUUAAAAUACAUAAAGUCCAGCCAUUGAGUUAAAAUGACCUAAGUCAUACCUAUACGUGUAUUACUUUUUUAUGAUUCUAUAUUAUUAUGAUAUAAAUAUAAUACAAAAAAAAAAUGAUAAAUUAAAUUUUUCCAGAUUUUUUAGUUAGGCAACUUUUGUAAUUACUUAUACAUGCGUUUUUUUAAUAGUUCGUCAUAAUAUAAUUGAGUAACUAUUGAUGAAUUGUAGAAAUAUUUUGUUCAUUGUUACUUUUACUAGAAUAUAACAUAGACCAAAAUUUGUUUACAAAAAUAUGGAUUACAUUUAAAAUACAUUAAAAAAUUAAACGAUUCUAAUAAUUAUUAAUAAGAAACAAUUGAUAAUGAUGUUAAUAAAGAAAUAAAAGAAAAAUUUUCUUAUUGUUAGUGGUAAUAAAAAAAUGAUAAAACGCAAGAGCCGCACAUCGGUGAAUACCAUAAAGCAUUUGUCACCGUUCAGGUGAAAGUAUCGUGCCAGUUUGUGGUAUUGCAGGCCGUAAGUACGAACCAUAUAGUUCGACUCACCAAUCGUUGCUGGAGGUAGAUUGAAGUAUAAAAUUGACAAAAAUACGACGAUGCACAUCCUUAAAUCCAUUCUGUCGAUCGUUCUAUUUCGUUAAAUAAACACGAAUGUGAGAUUCACGCGUUGAAAGUCACCAAGAACGGCGGAAGGUGAAAUAUCAAGGAGAAACGAUCGAGCACAGCCAUUUUGGAACUAACCGGUAGGACUAACAGACUUACCAGAGAGGGCUACGCGUAUAACGCAGUCUCUUUCCUUUCACUUGACUCUUGAGUUCUUCGCUUAGCUUUAAGGCCGUACACCAUAAGUAUAUAUGUAUAUGUAUAUGAUAUGUAUAUGUAUAUGUAUAUGUAUAUGUAUAUGUAUAUGUUUAUGUUUAUGUAUAUGUAUAUGUAUAUGUAUAUGUAUAUGUAUAUGUACAUGUAUAUGUUAUGUAUAUGUAUCAAUGAAAAAGAAUCGUGCGCCGACGAUAAUUACUUUCUUCAGACGAAUCAUCGAUCGUUGGCUUGAAAAGAAUGUCUAUAAUUAUGAAACAACAAUUUUCCGUUAUCGCGAUGCGUUCAAAGCAUUCUAUUAAGUGACGAUCAUCAUCCUUCCCUUUAUAAAAUAAUGAGCAAACAUGAUAUACGUUUGUUUCAAAAAACUAAAAUAAUAAAUCAAAUUAUUAUGAAAAAUGGAAACAUUACUUUAAAGGUAUCCUUUCGUCUACACGUUAUAAUCAGACCGGUACAAUAACAAAAUGAAGUUAAUAAUAAUAUGAAUCCAAGAUAACCCAUGUGACGCAAAAAUACUAUAACGACGCAAAGGAGACAAAUAAGCAAAUGAAAGUUAUGAGAAUAGAUAUCUUCACCUCACCUAAUGUCCAAAAUCUCGAUUUAAGAACAACAAUGAUCUUCAUUUGCAUCAUAUUGACGUUAUCGACGUAACAUAAACGAAACAAAACCAAUUAUGUAAAGUGUUGAAAAUGUGUCAACCAUCAUUCGAGCUUCAGCAUCUGUUUUAUGAAACGAUCGACUUAAACCUUGCUUCAAAAUAAUGGAGUCUUUUUUCCAAACUAUUUGCGAUUGCAGGUCUGAUCUAUAUUUAUAAAUCAUAACAACUUAUAGUUUCAGAAUUAUAUGAAACAUGAGCAUAACAUACUCCGGACACGAAAUAGCAAAAUGAGCGCCCUCUGAGAACACAUACUGCUUUCUAUAUUUAAAUUUUUUCCCUUUUUUCUUUUUCUUUACUUUUGUACAAUUCUUACACGCCUCUUCCAAAACAAAUUCCGGCAAAUAUUUUACAGCACUACUGACAAUAGGAAAUUCUUCUUGAAGAAGUAUGGAUCUAUAAAAUGUAUAACUAUUAUAUUUUCUAUUUGUAUUGUAUAAACUAUACAUUCUUACUUGCAUGGAAGCAUAGAGGUCUUAUUAAAAAACUUUACGAUUAGAGAAGUAUGAUCCAAUAUAAUGCUCUGUGAAGUUAAUAGCAAACAAUUAUUGGCAUUUAUAUUUUCAGAAUUGUCUAAUUUGAUGAAUGCAAAAUUUCAGAAAAUAAUAUUUUAUAUAUAUGUAUAUAGUUUAUUAUUCAUGAUUAAUACUACAUAUGUAGUUUACUUUAUCAAAUUGACGCUUCAAUCUACAAUAUCCUCUACGGGUUUUAAUUCCUCGAUUAUGUAUACAUUUUUCACAUGGACUCCAUGGUCCCCAUUCAGAAAUUACUUCUAGAAUGAUGCCUUCUUGUCGUAGAUAGACAAGAUCAAGCAUUUUAGAUACCUAAAGCGAAGUAGUAUGUAGUGUCAUGAAGUAUAUUUUGUUAUCUCAUUUUAUAUUAUGUUUAAAAAUCAUACAGCAAAGCGUGUAGUCACAGAUAGUAAAUUUAUUACACGAUACUCUUCCCAAUUAGUAAUGUUUCCUGUUUCUAUAAAUGUAUCAUUUUGAUCUUUAAAUAUUGCUAAAAUACCAUUUUCUAUAUUAUUAUUUAACUCUUUUAUUCUAUUAUUUUUAUUAAAAGAAGGAAUAAUAUAUAGUGUAAAUGAUGUUACGUUCUAUUCUGUAGUUAAAUUUGUAUUCUUCCUCUUGCCCUUCUUGACCAUGACACCGAUAAAUUCCUGCAUCUGUCUUUUUGAUAUUUUUUAUCACUAAUGAAAGACCUAAUGUUACAUAAAUUCUAUUAUAUGAUACAUUGUUGUCCAUCCCUAACUGUACUUCUCUUUCUGGUAAAGUUUGCAACCGAUCUUGAUAAUACCAUAUUUUGGGUUGUGUUUCUUCAUUAUCAUUACUACAACAUACUCAGCUAUAUAAUCAUCAAAAUUUUCAUACUAACAUUAUCAAUAUAUUUUCAUCAAUAAUUGUUAAGUUUUUUUAAUAUAAAUAUUUAAUAUUUCUCACCAAUAUCGGCACAAUAACUUUACCAUCGUAUCAAUUUCAGCACUUGCAAGCAAAUAUUCAUCACUAUCGUCGGAAGUAAUCAAUCUAUCCUUCUCACGGCAAUACAUGUUAUCAUUGCCUGUUUUAAUCAUGAAAAUGUUACUCGAAUAUAUAAAGAUAAUGAAUAAUAUGCGAAAUAUCAUAAUUAAAACAUCUCAUAGGAAUAUUUUCUACUGUGAUAUAUAACAUCUAAAUUAUUCACUUAAUGAAUUUAACAAAAAUUUUUGUUGAUAAAUAAAUUACAAGCACACUUAUUUCCCUUUCUUGAGUUACGUACACAACCAAGGCAUUAAAUAUCGAAUGAUUAAUAAGUAUAUACGAACAUUGUAUUUAUUCUAUAUACGAAACCCAAUUCUUAGAGAUGAUUGGUGCUCCCUUCUAUGCUCAACCAAUAAAUUUAAAGUAGCAAGUAAGUAAAAUGGCGCCACUACUAGUGUGAAAGUUUAAUAAAAAUACAGAUAUAUUAACUAGAGAAUUUAUGAAUAAUCAAUAUGACAACUUAUAUGUCAUGAUUAAUAAUUAUAUAAUUAUCAACAAUAAUAUCGAUUCUCAUAAAAUCAAAAGAUGAUUCAGCGGGAACAAGAACAAAAACAAAUUAACCUCCAUUUUCAGUUUGAGAUUAAAACGAUUACACUAUUUAUAUAUAUGAUGUGUAUGAUAAAUAUUUUUAUUAAAAAUCUCCCUUUUGAUUAUUAAAUCUUGAUGUUUUCAAUACACUACAAUAUUGUAAAAAUAAUAUAUAGAUAA